UGCGGCUCACCUAGGAUGCUGCGGCGCCUGGUAGUGCCUCUGGCGGUGCUUCUCAGCCUGUGCCCAGGUCCCGGCGCGCACGGGACAGAUCUGCCCAGCCCUCCAUCGGUGUGGUUUGAAGCAGAAUUUUUCCACCACAUCCUCCACUGGACACCUGCCCCAAAUCAGUCUCACAGCAGCUACUAUGAAGUGGAGAUCCAUAAGUAUGGACAGGGGCUCUGGGAGUCCGUCCCCAACUGCAACCUGAGCCUGGUGCCCUCCUGUGAUGUCACCUUGGUGACCCUGGACCUGUACAACUGCAGCGGCUACCGGGCCAGAGUCCGGACAGUGGAUGGUGGCCGGCACUCCCUCUGGACCAAGACCGAAACCCGCUUUACCAAGGAUGAUGUGACUCUGACAGUUGGCAGCGUGAACCUCGAAAUGCAUGGUAGCUUCAUCCUGGGGAAAAUCCAGCCGCCCAGGCCCCUGCUGGCCCCUGCAGGCGACACUUACGAACAGGUCUUCCCAUGCUUCCGGGAGUACGAGAUUGCGAUCCGCAAGGCACCGGGAAACUACACGUUCACCAACAAGAAGGUCAAACAAGAGAACUUCAGCUUCCCGGUCUCCGGAGAGGAGGGCACGUUCUGCGUCAAAGUGAAGCCGUCCGUGGCCUCCCGCGUGAACAAGGGGAUGUGGUCCAAGGAGCAAUGCAUCGUCCUCAGCAAGCAGUAUUUCACCGCGACCAACCUCAGCAUCUGCUUUGUCUUCGUCCUGCUGCUCUGCGGAGCCCUGGCCUACUGCCUGGCCCUCCAGCUGUACGUGCGGCGCCGGGGGAAGCUGCCCACCGUUCUGGUCUUCCCGAAGCCCAGUCCCUUCAGCCUGGGCAGCCAGCUUCCCUGUCCAGACACCCUAGACACCAUCCACCCCCUGGACGCGGAGGCCUUCCUGAAGGUGACCCCAGAACUGAGGAACUCGCGGCUGCAUAGCAGCACCGACAGUGGCUUUGGCAGUGCCAAGCCGUCCCUGCAGACUGAAGAGCCCCCAUUUCUGCUCCCGGCAGCCCAGCCACAGGAACACGGGCCUCUGGAGAAGGGGGAGCCCCCGGAGCUGCAGGACAGCUGCAGCCAUGGGAGCAGUAACAGCACCGACAGUGGAAUCUGCUUGCAAGAGCCCAGCCUGAGCCCUGGCACACGGCCCACUUGGGAACAGCCAGAGCGCAGUGCCGGCCAGGGACAAGAUGACAGUGGCAUUGGCCUAGUCCGGAAUUCUGAGGGGCAGCCUGGGGACACACAGGGUGGCUCAGCCUUGGGCCACGUUAGUGCCCCAGGGCCUGAGGGGCCUGAGGAGGAAGACCCAGCCAUGAUGGCAUUUCAGGGCUACCUGAAGCAGACCAGAUGCAUGGAGGAGAAGGCAACCAAAGCAGGCUGCCUGGAGGAAGAAUACCCCUUGACUCCAAAUUGCCUUGGCUCUAAGUUCAGGACCUGCCUGGAUGCUGAGGCAGGCUGGCCUCUACCAGUCCUGGCAAAGGGUUAUUUGAGACAGGAUCCUGCAGGAACCACCCUGGCUCCCCCGGAGGCCCCAGCUGCACAGUGGAAGCAGCCAGUGGAGGAAUGGCCACUGUCGGCCUUGACCACCUACGGUGACCUGGAAAUACCUGACUGGAGUUGCACCCCCGAUCGUGCCCCUCUGGAUUGUGCCGCAGCCGCAGGCAGUCUCCUGGGCAGCUUUGACUCCGAUCUGGUCACCCUGCCACUCAUCUCUAGCCUGCAUUCAAAUGAGUGACCCAGGAGAAAGGGCUGCUUUGGAUCCCAGUCCUGCCUGCUCCCCAGCCUGCACCCGAAGGAGGAACCCCAGGGUUCGGCAAAGCCAGUCUGGGCACUGCACAGCAAGCCCGCCCAGGCUAGCCGGGCCCCAUAGGGCAGGAGGGGGCAGGGCUGCCCCAGCACCAGGUGCACGGGGCACUGCCUGACUACCGAGCGGGGCACUGCCGAGAAGGGCAGCAUAGACCUCCCCGCUUGCAAUUCUCAUUCCAUGCCCACUGGAGCCACGAGGUUUUCUGGGGUUGUGUUGGGGCUGCCAGUGUGUGGUCAGCUCACACCUGACGUGCCACAUAGGCCAGCUAAGCAUCUGGGCCAGCCGUAGGGCAGGUGCUGAGAGGAUGGGAGCUUUCAGGCUUCAUUGUGGAGGUCAGUUUUAUAGGAAAAACGGGGAGAAAGUGGAGGGGUUUGGCCUCUGGGAAGGUCUGGUGGAGGCGCUCCCCCUUUGGCCGGCCUCCCAGGCGAGGAGGUCGCCCCUGGAAGACUCUAAGAACUCUAAGUCCUAGACAUCAGUCAGUUGCUCUCUGUGUCAGGCAGAGCCACCUGGAGAACAGGGUGCUGGCUCAAAGCCUGGACGUCCCUCCGUCCACCCACAGGCGGCCCCCGUAGGGCCAAGCACUCACUCUCUGCACCUGCUGCCCCCCAGCCUGCCGCCCAUUCCAGGGACCCUGGGGUGGUUUGUGUUGAGCUGGGCUUAGGGAGCAGCCAGAGUCGGCCCCAGGGACCUUCACUCCCAUUUGCUGCUAACGUCCUGCUCCAGACCCAGAGCACAGGCCAUGGGCCGGGGGGCCCUGCGCUCAGCGCUCAGCUGUGUGACCUUGGAAGGCCUCUGUUGUCCCAUGUGUGGAAUAAAGGCUGGCUCCUUGGGCUGGAUGUCAGCCAAGCUGGCUUCCUGGGUGCCGUGAUCCACCCUGCCAGACCCUGGGCUGGGAGCAAGUGGACUCCGGAACCUGUCUGCCCAGAGCCAGCUCCCAUCUCAGGCCAUGGGUCAGCCAGUCUAGCAGGAGUGCCCAGCAAUGUGCCAGGACAGCUGCAGGUCACGGGGGCCCACCGAGGGGCAGCGCCUUGGCCGUGCCUUCCCACAGUGCCCUGGGAAUCUGUCUUCAGACCACGACGGUCCACAGUCCCCAGGCAAAGAGGCUGGGGGGUCACCAGGCCUGCGGCUGCCCUCCGGAACCCUCUCCUGGCCUGCGUUUCUCUGCAGCGUUCUGAAAGCAGAGCGUCUGGCCCAGGGGACCCAGCCGUGACUCCUGCCACGCCACCAAGAACCUCUUAGUCUGACGACUGAACUCUCCCCAGAAACGGACUCCGGGGAAGGUCCCUCGGAAGCUUUAUUUAUUUAUUUUGUUCAGUUAUUUAUUGAUGGAGAAGGAGCCCUGACUCCGCGUUUGACUCACCGCAUUUCUAGUUGCGUGACUCGGGACAGUCCCUGUUCCUGUCCGAGUCUCGGUGUCCUCAUCUGUGGACCUGGAGCACCGCGCGAACCUGCUGAGUUCCCAGCGACGUGAGGUGCCAUGGAGGAAAUGCAACGUGCCAUAAAUGAAUGGUGUGUGUGUUUGGUUGCAAUAAAUUGUGAGGACC